UCCAAGAUCUCGCCAGGAAAAGCGUUGGUGAGACCUCAGAACCUCAGCACUCAUCCUCAACGGCGCAACUUCAGAAGAGUAAAUGGAAGGUCAACAAUUAAAGGAUCCCCCGAAUAAAGUAUCGCUGAUCAAAGAUGAGCUCAGCCGAAGUUCGGUGGAGGCCAGUGAGUCAGAGAAUAUGAUCCAGCACCUGAAUCAGGAGCUCCAGGAGGCCCAGGAGCAGGCCACAGCAGGCCGACAGAAGUGCGUGGAGCUGCAAGGGCUCCUGGAGGAGGAGAAGAAGGCCAGCAAGCGUCAGGCAGAGGAGUCGGCCAAGCAGAUGAAGAUCCUUCACACUCAGCUUCAGAAAUUGCAGGACGAUAUGGAAAAUCUCAGGGAUCAGAAGGACAGCGCCAUCUUCAGUAUGCGGCAGGAAGUGAACGAGGCCCAAGAGGAAGUGCAGGUGCUGCGACGCACUGUGGAAAAGAUGACCGCUGAGAGGGAGCAUGAGGUCAGCACCCUGAAGAGUAACCUGGCAACACUGACCACUGAGCUGGAGAAGUGGCAGGUGGCUGCAAAUAAGUACGAGCGUGAGAUUGACAGCCUGCAAGCCAAUCACCAGCAGCAGAACCAGCAGAGAGAUAAAGCUGCCAAGCAGCAAUCGAGCGAGCUGGAGAAGCUCCGGCGGGACGGCGAGGGCCUGCAGAGGGAGUGCGCGUCGCUCCGCUCCGAGAAGAGCAGCCUGGAGAGCGAGUGCUCCGCCCUGAGCACUGAGAGAGAGCACAUUGUCAGGAAGGCCCAGCAGCUAGAGGUGGAGCUGGACAGCUGCAAGAAGGAGAGGGGCACCCUGGCCGGCACGGUGCAGGCGCUGGAGAAGACACAGGCUGAGCUGGGCCAGCGGCUGAGCGCCCUGCAGGACGAGCACCAGCGAGACACCAGCCAGCUGCAGAGCCAGCUGGAGCACAGCAACAGUAGGACCAAAGAGCUGCAGAAAGAGUAUGAGGAGAUGCAGGCGGAGACGGCCGACCUGAGGCAGAGGUAUGAGCACGUGGAGCAGGAGAAUCAGUCCCUCAGCCAGGAGCUGCAGCAGUGUCAGGGCAGCCUGAAGGCCCUGCAGGAAAAGAGUAACCAGGAAAAGUGGAUUAAGUGGAUGCCUGUUGCCGCAGUAACAGUUGCUGUGACUGCUUAUGUGCUGAUGAAGACCUCAACCUGAGCAUCUGGCUUGUUGAUCCAGUAAACACAUGCGCAUACACACUCUUUUUCAACAAUAUUCAUACAGUUUGCUCUUUUAGCCUAAGAGGUACCUAAGUGUGUAACUUGUAACUGUAAUUCCGGUCUGAAGGGCUUAGAUUAAGUAUGUAGGGUAUCAGAUCCAUAUGUGAUCCGGUCCUAUAGAGUGGCUUAUAUUGUAAAAGCAGGAACAGUUGGGGGAUUUGAUGUUUCAGUAAAAUUGCUUCCAUAUUCUUCCUGCAAAAAGCUGGUAUUUAUUUUAUUAACCAAACAAAUAUGUACUGUAGUUAUUUGCCUUAUUGACCUCUUAUUCAUCUUAAGGUCACCCCAUUAAUUAAUGUUUAUCACUCAUUUCACCCUGGUCAAACGCUAUCAUGGAAUACUCGGCUUACUACAUUUCACUAUAAUGAAAGCAAUAAUAAAACUGAAAUUUACUCACAUUGAAUCAUUUUCAGUAUGUAGAUGGCUUUUGGACAGCAUUGUCUUCUGUAUGUUGUAGAGUCGGUGCAGUUCCCAUUUCUGACCUCGAUACAAAUUUCUGAAUAUGUUAAGUAAUAAAGUUAAUGUCUAUGCACUCUUCAUCAUUGUUCUAUAGCUUUAAAGCAUUAACAGUCAAAAUUGAGAAAGCUAAUUUGUCUCAAAGAUCUCCUUAUUAGAAUGAUUAAUAUAUGUUUGUUUCUUGUACAGAUUUACUGAAAGGUUUGCUUCUUGCAUAAAUAAAAUCUAAACAAAUAAACAUAAAAACAAAUUUUGGAA